CCAUAUACUCCUUUCUGGUCUGUUCACUAUACAACAGUGCGAAGAUUAGACACCGACAAGACAGAACCUAAAAAGUCGGAAACUCUGUUUUCAACAGACACGGAAAAAAACCUGCCUUGGUCUCUUACUCAACUGUCACUCCCACCAAAAAGCAAAACGCCCUGUCGAUCCAUCCAUUACCGCUCCACUUUGGGGGAACAGUUUCCAGGACAUAAAAAAAGAUUGUUCUACUUAUUCAGCCCGCGAAUUCCGAGUAAACUCGAUUCGCUUUCUUUUUAAAAACCGGGACGACUUCGCAAUCGCAUCGCCCUUUUGUUCGACUUCUUUCAAAGAUUCUCACAAAGUCGACAUUGUGUGCUGCAACCUUUGUCGCAGACCUCACUUUCUUUCUCAGACCGCUCCCGUCUUACACACCUCAUGUUUCGACGAUACGCGCUCGGCUUUUCGAGCGUCGGACGACAGCUCUCAACCAUGAGCUCCUCUAGCACUCCUGUUGAGGACAUGAUUCGCGCAAAGAUCACGGCUGCUUUCAACCCCCAGACUCUGGAGAUUUACAAUGACUCUCACCUUCACUCGCACCAUAAGGCCAUGGAACACACCACUUCCGGCGAGACACACUUUCGCGUGGUCAUCACCUCAGACGCCUUCAACUCCAAGAUGCAGCCUGCCCGUCACCGCAUGGUCUACGCCCUUCUCCGCGACGAGAUGGCCCAGGAGAACGGCAUCCACGCUCUCCAGCUGCGCACCAUGACUCCUGAGGAGGAAGCUCGCCAAAGGAAGAAGAAGGAAGCCGAAGCUGCUGCCCGCGCCGCUGCUGAAGCUGACCAGGAAUGA